AUGGCGCACCAUGGCCCGCUUACAGUGGGAUCUCAACACGUUCCCGCACUUCAAGAAUUGCACGCAGGUGAUACCUUCAUCGUCCGAUUCAAGAACAGCUCCCGUAAUUACAACAUCGAUAUUUGGAUUGGCGUGCUCCUUCCUGAUAAUUACGAUUCCGGCCCUGCUUUGGGAAGAGCUCCGAGGGGUACCAGGUCCGCCUCGGGACAAUGGGACGUGGAUGCUGAUCAGCGCAUCUAUCCCCUGUAUCUACCGGGAAGAAAUUUAAGUCGCUGGAUUCAUAUCAGAGACCUGUUCAUUCUCGGCCCCAAAGUCCCGUGGAUCUUCGCACCUCACAAUCCGUCACGAGACAAUGCCGAUGAGAAAAAGACUUACCACACGCUACGAGAACUCGUUGCUCGGAGACCUAAAAUGGAGUUUCUGUUGGUAAUGGCUAAGAAAGAGACAUUUGCCAAAUCCAAGCGCGGUAGAGAUGUCAAACUCGUGUUUCCCGACAACUUUGACGCAUUCUUGGUGGGACUUGCUGGCUCGACCACUGAGGGAGAAUCUCAAUAUUUCACCAUCAAGAGGGAAGAUGAGGAGGAACAAUUUUCUCAGAAUCUGGAGGGACAUCCACCGCGAAAGGUCCGAGCUAUGAAUAGUUCGUUCUCAGAUUCCAGAACGUGGUCCAGGGCCCUACGGACGUCUGAGGAUUCGGAAACUCACACGACCUUGGGUGAGUAUGCUCUGAGCUCCAACCUCACCUUCAGACGGGACACAGGCGCAGUUAAAGAGAGAAACCGCGAACCCCUGACAGUUGAGACAAACACCGAGGCUGAAGAAGAGUGCGUGAAAGUGCUGUUUCAGAGACGGUGGGCUUUGUCGGACAUGAUUGAGCACGUCCUUUUGGGCAAAGAAAGCUCCCGGCAAUUGCUGUCCAUUUUCCAAUGCGUCUCUUCAGUUAACAAAUCAGAGCGCGAGGAAUUGGUCUCCUUCCUCAAGACAAAAGAAUUCACGCCACAACUGCUACGGGUUUCUGUGUCUGAGGUCAGUGAGCCUGAUGAAGCCCGAAUGUUUGAAAUCGGCGACACCCUCAAAGUUCGUCGUGAAUAUCAACUACGCGGCGUGGCCGAUGUGAAAGGGCUUUGCGAGCAGAUCAUCUACUUGGGAAAGCUCUACGUAUACGCGAAACGUCUCAACAUGACCGAGCUCAUGGAAAAGAUUACUCUCAAGCUUCAGACCGCAUGGAAUUCUUACCAUGGCCUAUCACAGCUGGGACCAUUGCUGGAUGUUGCAGGAACAGUGUCUGUGGACUCUUCUUCUACUGAUCGGUUGCAAGCCUGGCUAGUUGUCUUCAUUGCUGACACUUUGGACUUGAUCUACUACCAAUGCCCAAAGAAGUAUUGGGAUUUGAUGCGACGCCGGCCGAAUCUUUAUGUCGCCGUAACGAAAGAACGAGCCAAUUUGCAACGACAAUAUCCCGAACGAUUUGCUAAUCCCCGUGAACAAAUCCAGAAACGAGGGGUCGCGGAUUUUGAAAAUGUCCGUCAACAAGACGCAAAGCGUUUGGUGGUGGCGCGAGGUUCUAGUGACCAGUGGGCAAGAUUUGGUGCCCCAGCACUUGAGUUAUAA